CCACACCUAGCCACACAUUGCUGCCAUGGCUCGUGUUAAAAGUUGCCUUUCUGUUCUGCUGCUAUUCCUUGCUGAGGGGCUCUCUCAGUUGGUGAGAACACAGCAGGUUGUCACAGCAACCCUGGGAGAAGAUGCAAUCUUAAACUGUGAGCUCAUGACACCCAAAGACGUGCGGCAAGUCACCUGGCAAAAACUGACACCUGGGGCGAAUGAAAAUGUGGCCUCCUAUAGCAAAUACGGUCCUGAUGUCAACCCACAUUUUAAGGGGAAAGUGGAGUUUGAAGACGAGGGUCUGCAGAACUGCUCUAUCAUCAUCAGAGGAGUGUCAAGAGGAGACGAGUCCUGCUACAAGUGUCUGUUUAACACCUUUCCAGAUGGACCAAUCAGCGGAACGACCUGCCUCCAAGUCAAUGAGCUGUAUGGACCCUCACUCCUCAUCACACAAACCAACAACAGUCACACCACUCUGUCCUGUUCUGCUACUGGACGACCUGCUCCUAUAGUGACCUGGGAAGACUCAGAAAUUCUAGAAAAUUCCACAAUGGCCAAUGUCACCCAUCCCAAUGGAACUGUCAGUGUCACCAUAACUUCCAUGCUGGCAGCAUUCAGUCUACCUGACAAAGACACGAGGGUUGGCUGUAUGGUUUCACUGUUCUCUGGAGGUGUCACCAAGAACGUAUCCAUGGUUAUUCCAGCUAGAACUCAAGCUCCAUUUGCUGGUCUACCUGAGGUCACUGAUGGUGACAGGAUCAGUGGUAAGACAACAGUGAUUGGUGCAGUGAUGGGUUCACUGUGUUUCAUUGCUGUGUGCUGUGGAGCUGUGGCACAGUGGUGGUGCAAACAGAUAAAUAAAAUGAGAAGCCCAAAUCCCACAGCCCAUGACAGAGAACAGGAAGAACUAUCAACAGUCAACCCUCAACAUGAUGACCCUGAUAUCUAGAGGUCUAAUCUAACAGACCACAACAAUCUCCAGUCCAUUCAAAAUGUAACACUCCCUCAGCUCCUCAGCCAAGCGUAUGAUGCAACAAGCACAAGAUGAUGUAGAGAAGUAGGUUUAAGUC